UCUUCCCCACUUCUCCAGAUUACUGUAACAGUUGCAGAAAAAAGUGAAGAAAAAACAGCCAUGGAUCCUUCAGAUAACAAUCCUUCUUCUCAACAAUCUUUACCUUAUAUUACUAGUAACAAUCCCCUUCAAUUCACCAUUCAUUUGCCCAAUUCUACUCCCAAUUUCACUUCAAUUCCAAAUUCAAACCCUAGCCAUGACCCGAACCCAAACCCGAACCCGAAUCCUCAUUCCGAUUCAAUUUCAGACCAGCUUCUGUCCCUCUCCAUUCCGACGAAACGGAGACGAGGUAGACCUCGGAGUACGACGACGUCGUCGUUGGACCAGCCUUCUUUUGUUCAGUUUAGCAAAACCCUUGUGGAAAAUUCGAAUCUUGUGCGUAAUUUGACUGCUAGAAAAAAUACUGCUUCUUUUGAUGCUUCGGAUGAGAUUAUUGUAAUUAACAAAGAGGCAACGACGGAGGCAUUAAUUGCUUUAACUGCGGGGUUUCCAGCUGAUUCUUUAACUGAUGAGGAAAUUGAAGCUGAGGUUGUUUCUGUAGUGGGUGGUAUUGAACAGGUUAAUUAUAUUCUUAUUAGAAACCAUAUACUUAUGAAAUGGCGUGUAAAUGUGUCGACUUGGAUAACGAAAGAGAUGUUUUUUGAUGUUAUACCUAAGCAUUGUAAUGCUUUGCUGGAUUCUGCUCAUAAUUAUUUGGUAUCGCGUGGGUAUAUUAAUUUUGGAGUUGUGCCGGCUAUUAAGGAUAGGAUUCCAGCUGAGCCGAGUAAGCCUAGUGUUAUCAUUAUUGGGGCAGGACUUGCAGGGUUAGCUGCAGCGCGGCAGUUGAUGUUGUUUGGGUUUAAGGUUACAGUUUUGGAGGGAAGAAAACGUGCUGGUGGAAGGGUGUACUCAAAAAAAAUGGAAGGUGGAAAUAAGGUAGCUGCUGCUGAUUUAGGAGGGAGUGUGUUGACGGGUACGCUAGGGAACCCACUAGGUAUUUUGGCACGGCAGCUGUCUUGCACACUUCACAAGGUCAGAGACAAAUGCCCUCUUUAUCGUGUGGAUGGGAAGCCAGUUGAUCAAGAUUUAGAUCACAAGGUGGAGACUGCUUAUAAUUUACUUUUGGAGAAGGCAAGCAAGCUUAGGCAGUUAAUGGGAGAAGUUUCUCAGGAUGUUUCUCUUGGAGCAGCAUUGGAGACUUUCCGUCAGGAUUAUGAAGAUGCCGUGAAUGAAGAGGAGAUGAGUUUGUUUAAUUGGCAUCUAGCAAAUUUGGAAUAUGCAAACGCAGGUCUGAUUUCUAAACUUUCCUUAGCAUUUUGGGACCAAGAUGACCCCUUUGACAUGGGAGGGGAUCAUUGCUUCCUGCCCGGAGGAAAUGGAAAACUAGUUCAUGCAUUGACUGAAAAUGUACCUAUUCUUUAUGAAAAAAUUGUGCAUACCAUUCGUUAUGGUACCGAUGGAGUACAGGUUGGCGCUGGGGCCCAAGUAUUUGAGGGAGAUAUGGUGCUGUGCACUGUUCCUCUUGGAGUUCUGAAAGGUGGUUCUAUUAAAUUCAUGCCAGAAUUGCCUCAACGGAAGCUUGAUGGAAUAAAAAGAUUGGGAUUUGGAUUAUUAAAUAAGGUUGCAAUGCUUUUCCCAUAUGUAUUCUGGGGCACUGAUCUCGAUACCUUUGGGCAUCUUACUGAUAAUUCUAGUAGCAGGGGUGAAUUCUUUUUGUUCUACAGUUAUGCAACUGUUGCCGGCGGUCCCUUAUUGUUAGCUCUAGUUGCUGGAGAAGCUGCACACAAGUUUGAGACCAUGCCUCCGACUGAUGCAGUGACAAAAGUUCUUCAAAUUCUAAAAGGUAUAUAUGAACCACAAGGAAUUGAAGUGCCAGAGCCAAUCCAAACUGUAUGUACGAGAUGGGGAAGUGAUCCUUUCAGCUUGGGUUCUUACUCUAAUGUUGCAGUGGGGGCAUCAGGAGAUGACUAUGAUAUAUUAGCAGAAAGUGUGGGUGAUGGUAGACUUUUCUUUGCUGGUGAGGCCACAAAUAGGCGCUAUCCAGCCACUAUGCACGGAGCUUUUCUUAGUGGGCUUAGAGAAGCUGCGAACAUUGCCCACCAUGCUAAGGCUAGAACCAUGAGUCUGAAGAUUGAGAAAAAACCAUCAAAGAGCACUCAUUAUUAUGCUUCUGUUUUGGAUGACUUAUUUAGGGAGCCAGACUUGGAAUUUGGUAGUUUCUCUAUAAUUUUUGCUAGAAAGAGUUCUGAUCUCGAGUCACCAGCAAUUUUGCGAGUGACUUUCUGUGGGCCCCAAACACGGAAUCAUGAUGGAAUAAGACCUGGUCGACAUCUUUCUAAUAAAUUACUCUUUCAGCAGCUUCAGUCCCAAUUUAAUAACCAGCAUGAGCUUCAUGUUUAUACUUUGUUAUCCAAGCAACAAGCCCUUGACCUUAGAGAGGUCAGAGGUGGUGAUGAGAUGAGGCUGAAUUUCCUUUCUGAGAAGCUUGGGGUGAAACUGGUUGGUAGAAAAGGUUUGGGUCCAUCUGUUGAUUCUAUAAUUGCUUCAGUUAAGGCUGAGAGAGGAAGGCGCAAACCGGGUACACUUAAAUCUGGUGUCAUGAAGUCAAAAGACACCACUCUCAAGCGAAAAAUAGUUAGGAAGGCUAAAGUUGUAAGCGGAAGCAAUAGAACCACUUCUUCCCCUGCUUCUAGCAGCAGGAUUAAAGCAGUUGGCAGCAGCACUACCACGAUACAUCUGACAAAUGUUGACUUGGAACCUAAACCAAUUUGCGCUAUUGGAUCUGUAGCUUCUCCAAGUUUGAAUAUUAGAGUAAAUGACGACAUGGGGUCAAAAUCAGUGGGCAGUUCUGUACACUUGCUUCACAAUGCAAGCAUUGGUGACAAGUUUGAGGGUAAUUUUGGUAGUUCUACCGCUCCGCUUUUAAAUGUUGGAGGGAACACAGGAAGCAAUAGUGAUGGGCCUAUAUAUCCCAGAAGUACAUAUGAUGAUAGCACGGAUACAUGUGCUCCGCCUACUACUGGAAAUUUGGCUAGUCAGCAUACAUCAGGUGAUGGGGAUAUGGAAAGUAUGAUGCUUGAUGGGGAAUAUAGAAUGUGAUUGACAGCUUGACGCCUUUCGCAACUAUGGUGCUUGACGGAGGAUCUAGGAUGUGAUUUUCAGCUUGACACCUUUCACAACAAUGGUGCUCAACAGGGAAUCUAGGAUGUGAUUGUCGUCUUGACAUCUUUCUCCUUACUCCUCGUCUUCAAGCGCUAUGCAUAUGUUACAACUGAGAACCGGAGGUUGAACGACUAAGCCAAGAAAAAGCUCUCUUGAUUCUCCAUCUUAUAAUACUGCCGUCUGCAGUUGUUCUGUCUAGUGUGCAAGUUAUACUGCUGGGUAACUUAAAGGCAUGCAUCCUCUUGGGAUUUCAAUCCCAUUGUAUAUAUAUAGUGCAAUUUUUAGGAGUUCACUAACCUUAGUAGUUUUAGUUGCUAUUUUUUUUUUGUAUCUAAAAGCAGUAAAGAUUUACUGAAGAAUAAAAUAGGCUCGUUUGAUCAUGAAAAUUAUUUACUUGGCUUGAUGAUAGUUUUAGAGU